AUGGAUUAUGAAAAAUUUUGCACUAAACUGGAAGAAUCUGAGUCCAGCGAUACUUCAAUCUCACUUCCAUCAUGGACUCAACUUCAAGAAUUCAGAAAUUCAUAUCUACAAGAAUGUGUAACAUUUAUUACUUCUUUAUUAUGCGAUGCUUCAGUAAAUGAGCAUAUCAAAUGCUUGGCGAUGAUUUUAAUAAGAAAUUUUUAUCGAAUUAAUUCGAAUGCAGGCUCAAUAAUGGUCAGAAGUUUAUCUUCAGAAACAUUUGAUUCAUUUUUCAAUAGUUUAUUAGCAUUAUUCGAAUACGAGAAUCUCCAAGUUGUUUCAAUCGCUUCGUCAAUCGUUUUUCAUUUAUCUUCGGGCGAAAUUCAAGAAGAUAACUAUAUUCCAUUAAUCAGCAGCUAUGCCGAUAAUCUUCAGAAAACAACCAACCCGUACAUGGUCUUUGGCUUCAGUUGCCUCCUCUUUUCUAUUUGCCAAGAGUUUUCUUUGCCAAAUGAAGUUAAUUUUACAAUUUUAUCGGCGAUCUUCCAACAGUUAAGUUCUGGAUCACUACCACCUGUAGUAGCCAGCAGGAUCAUUGCCCUCUUCAGAUCUUCAGUCCAAAAAUACCCAUCUGAGUUCAUGAGGUCCCAAUUGUUCUCAGACGUCCUUAACAUGCUUAUAGAUUUAACUACGCUUCCAGGGACAAAAGUUGAAAGCCUUUUGGCGUGGGCAGUUAUUAUAUCUCUCAAUACUCCUUUCAGCAGCGACAUUCUCUACAAAGUCGGUGAAAUAUCUCUUAACGAGAUGCAUGAAUCCGUCGUAGAACCUGUUCUAAAUGCAGCAGCAAUCUUUUGGGCAGAUGUUGCUAGAAAAUUCAAAGAAACUACCGCAGAACUCACUCCUUACACAGAACCAUUACUUCGUGGUCUAUUCCGAUUACUUUGUAUACGUACUAGCGACCACGCCCAUGAAGAUCUCGACGAAUUACCUCAAACUAGCUUACACACGCUCAAGACCUUCGUAAAAAUCUCCCCAGUUACAUCAGCACCUCACAUGGCCGAUAUUAUCCUCGAACAUAUCAACAGCCAUGAAGUUCUCGAGGUAAAUGCGACAUUAAUUUUCUGUGCCGUCCUUGUGAAGGCCAGAAUCAACCCCGGAGACCAUAUGUUCGAAGAGCCGAUCGAUGAGACCAUUGCACCAUCCUCAGAAGGCAUUUAUGACGAUCAAAUGUCAGAUCAUCCGAUAAUUAAAUUCGGAGAAUCGAUGUUUGAAGAGCCAAUCGAGGAAUCGACUGUCAUAAACCUUGUAGGGCAGGCCCUGCAGUCGGGAGUCCCUCUCCUGACCUACAACGGCCUCUGGUGCAUGAGAUGUAUUUUACGGGCGACUGUAAACCCAUAUCCGCUUGCUCCUUACAUACCGAUCGCCUUUGAGAUCCUCGAAGGUGAAGCCGAUAUGAACUGCAAGCGCCAGGCCACGUUGUUACUUUCGACGAUUGCAUUUGCAUCGGAACUUGGGUAUCAGAUCCAAGCAACGGCUGCUGCAAUGGAAUUGGCGAAGUGUAAUGACGUUAUCCUAUCAAAGGAUGCUUUCAGAUCCUUAAGAAGAAUUGGAGAUAUAGAUGAUUACCUUGAAAACCCCAAUUCCCCAACAUUAAGUGUUCACAAAGCCAUUGUACCUGAACUCCUCUCUUUCCUUAGCGAUUGCAUAAGCGAUGAAGACCAAUUAGUUAAUGUCAUUGAUAUUUCAACAGUUUUAGUUCCAUAUAUCGUCAAUUUAGGACCUGUACAUUACCAGGAAUUCGCUCCACAGACGAUCAGCCUCCUCAUGGCCGCUCUUCCUAAGACAUGCGAAACUUUCCAUCCUUUGGCCAUCCUUGCAACGAAUUUUCCUGAGAUGUUCAUGCCGUAUUUGGAGCAGUUCGUCACCGCGUUGGUCGAAGCACUCCAGCAGAAUGAGAAUAACGAUGCAACAAGCGCUGCUGCGGCAAAUAUGAUGGACAUCGUCUUGAAUUUCGAUAUUUCUGGAGCAUUACCCGAUUUGAUCGAAGCCGUUGCAACGAUAAUGGUUCACUGCGACCGGCCAUUUAAUGUUCUGAAGGAUGUGGCCGAUUUGGCAACGGAUUUGCAUCAAUUAAGAGAUAUCGAAUUCACUUUUGCCGGAUUUACCCAUUCUAUACCAUUGUUAACAAGUGCAUUUGUGACUUGCUUGCAGGAUCUUGAUUCAGACAAUGAUUUGGUCGCUGCAAGAUUUAUUACUUUUUGUACAUGCACAAUUGAUGAUGCUUCUAUCGAUGAAAAGGGUGAAGCGAUUUCUAAUUUGAUUGUUUUGAUAGAGAAAGCUUGUUCUAUUUGUAACAGGUAUAAUACAGAUUUUAUUAGCUCUAUUUUGUUCUUUUUGGCAACAAUCGGAAGAAUUGAUGCUGAUUUUACUGUACAAUUGGUCCAGGAAUGCGAUUAUCUCUUGUCUAGACUCAAAGAUGCAAGAUCUUUCAAAGAUUUAAGAAAGAUAAUCGAUCAGCUACCUGAUGGGUUAAAGGAAAUGUUAGAGAUUGACUAA